AGGGGUUUAAGAGGCUGUGUAAGUUUGAUUUUAGGGGAUACGGACAAGGAUACAGCAUAGCCUGUUUUGUAAAAUUAAGAUUAAUCAAAGACAUGGACCAAUCCGGUGCUGGUCCUGGAUAUCCCUCAAAAGCCAACGAGGCCAUGCAUCAACCACCACCCCAAACAGGAGGACCCCCGCCCCCGUAUAGCUUACAGCCCUAUCAAGGGGUGCCACCAAACUCCGGUUAUAUGCAAUCUCCACCUCCCGGGCAGCCUGCCCAGCCUGGGUACGUGCAACCCUCAUACCCUGGUCAACCGGCUCCCCAACAGCCUGGGUACGUGCAACCCUUAUACCCUGGUCCACCUGCUCCCCAACAGCCUGGGUACGUGCAACCCUCAUACCCUGGUCAACCGGCUCCCCAACAGCCUGGGGUUCAAUAUGGUUACCCAGCUACGGCCGUCGUUGUUUCGCAACCAGGCGUCAUGACCAGGGUUCCGACACAAUCCCAACCAAAAUCUCAUAUGGUCAUUUCUGUUUUUGGAUGCCUAUGCUGUCUGUGGCCUCUUGGUAUUGGUGCAAUAAUAGCAUCAUUUAACGUCCAAUCGGCCAUAGCCCGUGGGGAUAUUCCAUCAGCGAAAAGUUCGUCUAAAACGGCAAAAGUCGUCAAUAUAAUCAACUUCUUGCUUGGUUUUAUAAUCAUACUGAUUGUGAGCAUUCUUUACUCAAGUAUCAAUACCUCUCGAAGAAUAUACUACUGAUACCUGUAGCGAAGUGUAGUGUUAUCCUGAGGUAUCUAGUCUUCUAGAAGAAUAUACAUCUAAUACCUGUAGCUCAGUGUAGUGAUAUCCUGAUGUAUCAAGGCUUCUCGAAGAAUGGACAGCUAAUACCUGUAGCUUAAUAUUAUGUUAUCCUAAAGUGUGAAUACCUUUUUAAAGAAAAUACUGAUACCUGCAGCUUAAUGUGGUGUUAUCCUUGUGAAUUCAGGCCUCUCAAAAAUAUAAAACUUAUACAUGUAGUUAAAUGUAGAUUUAUCCUAAAGUAUCAGUAUUUCUCGAAGAAGAAGUGUAAACCCCAAGCGUCUAGAUUACUAGAGAUAUACUCAGCGAAUACCUGCAUCUAGCAUCUUCAAAUUUAUGACAUUAAGAAUUUGAAUUUCUUUCAUUAUUUUGAAUUUUCCUUAACCGUUGGAUAACUCUGACCAACGUUUGAGCAACUUAAGCCAGACUGCUAGAGGCAUACACAGCGAAUACGUGCAUCUGACUGUAGCGUAAGCAUGACGUCUCCAGACUGUUAAUACAUUUUCAACUAAUAUCUAUAACGCAAUAUAAGCCUGAAGAGUCCAAGAUAUACAACUUUUUAAGACCUGUACAACGAAAUCUGUCACUUAAUGCAUAUUAGCCUUGAUCAUCCAGAUUGGUAACGAUAAAUAGACAACUUGUAUAUAUACAUUGGACAGCAAAUUCAAUAUAUUAGAACAUUUUUGCCAGGUUUUGUUACUAAGGGGAGACUACCAAAUUGUUUGCUUUAUUUAAAUGUGAAACUGUUAACGUAUUUUUUGACGUAUCCAGCUUGACUAGGCAAAUAUUUAAUAUACAUUUAUUACAGGAAUGUUAUUAUCUAAUCGGUCGUAUUUUCUUACUACCCAUAUACUUAUAGUUGCUGGUAUGUCUGUUGACUAAUACAUCAAAAGUUGUUUACUGUGAUUUAUUGCAUUAUAUAAAUAACGAAUACUUCUUAUAAUUGUAUCACUUUAUAACCAUUUAAAAAAUAAACGAUGAAAAUUAAAGAUUAAAAGAUACAUAAACACAAGUUUAAUUAUACAACAAACACAAAAUUUAGCCUCCAAGUCCAUUUUUUAUUAGCAGAAUUCCGUAUUAACAAAAUAACUUUGCGAAAUUGAGAAAAUGUACGGCCAUAUUAAAGGAAAGAAGUCAACUAAUACAUACAGUUACUUGGUUAGAGCGUAACAAAUAAGCAGAAAUGUAUAUACAUGUAUUUAGGAAUGAAAUAACCAAAGAAAUGCAUUUAAGUUGUUGUAUCAAUUGAAAAUAUGCACGUUAAUACGAUUUUAAAAAUACCUUUCAAUGUUCGUCUAAUGAUGUUAAAAUGUAAAUAACAACGUUUAAAAAAGAACAAAAACGACACGAUUUAUUGUUAUUGUUGACUUGUUGGUUGCAAAACGCGAUUUCCUCAGUUAUUUUAUUUGUUGUGUAGAAAUUGAUAUAUUGUACUGUAGGAUAUAUUUUUGGCGGAAUUCAGGUAAAGUGGCUUUGGCAUAAAGAGCUCCGAUAUUGUUUUUUUUAAAUUAUUGAUCAAGGUGUAUUUUCGAAAAAAAAAA